AUGCAGUCUGAUUUGUCAAAUGCAAAUUUUAAUUUUGGUGAUGUUCCAGUGGCUGACAGUAGUCUAGUUAACAACUCUAGAGCUCACAAAUUUUUGAGGAGGAACGAUGCCAGGAGUGGAGCACUGCUUCCUCCAAACAGGUUAGCUGGAAACGGAGGAAGGCCCCAGAGAAUGACUACUGCAACUCCCAAAAGUCCUGCUUUUCAACCGAACGCUUUGCCUCCAAGUGCACUCAACGCUCGCAGCAGAAAAAGACCCAGAGAUGCUGGAGGCUUGCCUGGUGGAGAUGGUGCACCACCUUUCAAGAGGAGAGUCGGCAGGCCAUCAAAUCCAUUUAUACUCUCCAGGCCGUUUCAACCAGCCAGUGCCAGAGCCAGAAGAAUAGCCCAGAGAAGGCUUGCUUCUACUCCCAAUUCCAGUAGAAACAGAACACCCAGACCAGCCGGUCCCAACCCAUUGACACCAAAUGUAUCAGCCAUAGAUGGAACAGCUAACCUACAACCAAAUGUAUCUGGAGUUGGAAACAGGACAAACAAUACACUCAACACAGGGGCUAACGGGUCUGUACUGACUGGUGGUGGUUCAAAUGGUGACAUGGGCAUGCUACUCAUGAUGACAAUGAUGCAACAGGGCACCAGGGGUGGUGGUGGAGGUGGUGGUGCACCUGUGGGGCAGGGAAGUGGUCCCCUCAGAGGAUAUGGCAGAUAUGGCUAUGGCAGAGGAAGGAGAGGUUACAGUGGCGGUGGUUAUGGCGGCUAUGGAGGAGGUGGAAGCAGAUCUGGUGGUGGAGGUGGGUCUAAAGGAGGUGCAUCAGCAAACAGCAGUGGCAAGAGUACCCUGCAAGUACUUGCUGAAAAAAAUGUGGAUUACUCUAAAUACCUGGCAAUGAUUGGCCCAAGUGCAGAGUUUAUCAGAGCACUCAACUAUGGCUACAGAAACAAGUCAAACAGUGUGAAACUGUUAGCUAGUCAACAACAGGCUAGUCAACAACAAUCUUAA